AUGGCUACCUUUAAUGACGCUACAUUCGCACUGGCCCAUGAAAAGGCAAAGCAACAGGGACUCAGUGAACAAGAAAUCCAGGCGAUUGACACUGCAAGAACCCAACUAAAGAUACACACUGGUAUUGGUGGAAUGGCAGCAGCAACAAGUGGUUUUUUGCUGGGCAAACGAAGAAAGUCAUCACCAUUCCAAUUGCUGGCCAUUACUGCUGGUUGUUACUUUAUGGGAGCUCAAAUGGGUAUCAUUUCUGGAGUCAUUUCAGGCACGUCUACCUUGAGAGCUCUUCCAAAUCCAAAGAGAGUCAUUGGAGCCAUCCGAGACGCGCAAAAAGAAAUUGCCUAUGGUAAUCAUAAUCCUACCAACAACAAAACAGUAUCCCACGAGACGUCUAUUGAUCAAAACGAACGGGCCCAAUUUUCAUCUCUUGACUCUUUCGCGACCAACAGUAAUGACAAUGAUCAUGCCAAACUUGAAUCUGGGUUCGAACCCAAUGACUCCAUGAGACCUUCUAGCUGGGGAAACAAGAGAUCAGAACAAUUAUCAGGCACUAGUACAGAACAAAUCGAAAACUCUAGACAAUCCACAAAACCUCAUACUACAACUACUACAACUAGUGCGUGGGAUGAAGUACGAGCCAAGAAUCUUCCCAACAAUACAUGGACACGGUUGAGAAUACAGGCACAACAGAACUCUGAUGCUGGUGCAGUGCGCUCGCCUCAGGAACGAAUGGAGGCUGCCAGACGUCUGAAAGAACAGCGCGAAUUUGGAACAGAAGAGAUGCCACGAACGCGCGAAGAGACUGAGCAGAGAAGCACGACAAGAAAGAAUCAGUGGGGAGAUGCCAUUUGA